AUGGAUGCUCCAAAGGUUCCCUUAGUGCUGAUGAGUUCCUCUGGUGAAAUCAUGAAGGGAAGUUCAGUGACUCUGACCUGCAGCAGUGAUGCUAACCCAGCAGCUACUUACACCUGGUACAAGGAGAAUGAAGACUCACCAAACGCAUCAGGACAGACCUUCGCGACCACUGACUUUAGAGCCGAACACAGUGGGAAUUAUUACUGUGAAGCUCAGAACACAAGAGGACGUCAAAAGUCCACCUCACAUCCAGUGUUUGUGGCAGUGGCACACAGUCAGAACUGGGAUGUGACUUACACUCAGCUUAGGAUGUGUGGUCCCAAAGGAUCAGCAGUGGACAUGAACUGCAGCUACACAUACCCAGCUGAAGUGCAUGGAAAGGAAAAUAUAGUUCAGACAAAAUUCUGGUAUGUUGGAAGAAAAGAGGAUCUCCAAAGAAAAUCAUCAUCAUACGAAGGUCGUGUGCACUAUGACUGGCACUAUGACAGUGACUGCACUCUGAGAAUCACAGACCUGAGAGUGGAAGACUCAGCUGUGUACAAGUUCAGGUUCAUAACAAACCUUGACAAGUUUUCUGGUGAACCUGGAGUCACUUUGACUGUCACAGUGAUUGACAUCAGAAUAACGUCAGCCGGUGGGUCUUCUACCAAGGCAGAGCUGAGGUGUGAGAGCCAUUGCAGUCCAGAUGAUCACGUCUGGUUGAAGAAUGGACAACAAGUCUCAGAGGGAAUUACUUACAGACACAACUUUCAACCUGAAGACAACAUCUGCUGUGCUUUGAAAGGACACGAAGAUCACUGCUCUCCUUCACUGUAUGCUCCAAAGCUUCCCUCUGUGUCAGUGAGUCCCUCUGCUGAGAUAGUGGAGGGAAGUUCAGUGAAUCUGACCUGUAACGGUGAGGCUAAUCCAGCAGCUACUUACACCUGGUUUAAGGUGAAUGAUCGUGACCCUCUCAGUCAGACACCACAGCUUAACUUCAGAUCCAUCCGGUCCUCUGAGUCUGGACAGUAUUCCUGUACAGCUACCAAUGCACUGGGGAACACAUCAUCUAGCAUUUAUAUAAAUGUUAAAUGUGAGCGUGAUGCUCCAAAGGUUCCCUUAGUGCUGAUGAGUUCCUCUGGUGAAAUCAUGAAGGGAAGUUCAGUGACUCUGACCUGCAGCAGUGAUGCUAACCCAGCAGCUACUUACACCUGGUACAAGGAGAAUGAAGACUCACCAAACGCAUCAGGACAGACCUUCGCGACCACUGACUUUAGAGCCGAACACAGUGGGAAUUAUUACUGUGAAGCUCAGAACACAAGAGGACGUCAAAAGUCCACCUCACAUCCAGUGUUUGUGGCAGUGGCACACAGUCAGAACUGGGAUGUGACUUACACUCAGCUUAGGAUGUGUGGUCCCAAAGGAUCAGCAGUGGACAUGAACUGCAGCUACACAUACCCAGCUGAAGUGCAUGGAAAGGAAAAUAUAGUUCAGACAAAAUUCUGGUAUGUUGGAAGAAAAGAGGAUCUCCAAAGAAAAUCAUCAUCAUACGAAGGUCGUGUGCACUAUGACUGGCACUAUGACAGUGACUGCACUCUGAGAAUCACAGACCUGAGAGUGGAAGACUCAGCUGUGUACAAGUUCAGGUUCAUAACAAACCUUGACAAGUUUUCUGGUGAACCUGGAGUCACUUUGACUGUCACAGUGAUUGACAUCAGAAUAACGUCAGCCGGUGGGUCUUCUACCAAGGCAGAGCUGAGGUGUGAGAGCCAUUGCAGUCCAGAUGAUCACGUCUGGUUGAAGAAUGGACAACAAGUCUCAGAGGGAAUUACUUACAGACACAACUUUCAACCUGAAGACAACAUCUGCUGUGCUUUGAAAGGACACGAAGAUCACUGCUCUCCUUCACUGUAUGCUCCAAAGCUUCCCUCUGUGUCAGUGAGUCCCUCUGCUGAGAUAGUGGAGGGAAGUUCAGUGAAUCUGACCUGUAACGGUGAGGCUAAUCCAGCAGCUACUUACACCUGGUUUAAGGUGAAUGAUCGUGACCCUCUCAGUCAGACACCACAGCUUAACUUCAGAUCCAUCCGGUCCUCUGAGUCUGGACAGUAUUCCUGUACAGCUACCAAUGCACUGGGGAACACAUCAUCUAGCAUUUAUAUAAAUGUUAAAUGUGAGCGUGAUGCUCCAAAGCUUCCCUCUGUGUCAGUGAGUCCCUCUGCUGAGAUAGUGGAGGGAAGUUCAGUGAAUCUGACCUGCAGCAGUGAUGCUAACCCAGUAGCUAAUUACACCUGGUACAAGGAGAAUGAAGAACAGCCUCUUGGACCAGGCAGCAUAUAUAACUUGGCCUCCAUCAGCUCUGAAGAUAAGGGGAACUACUGCUGCAAGUCUGAGAAUAAACAUGGACAGAGCUCCUCAUUUCUGUUUAUCAGUGUCCAGUAUGCUCCAAAGCUUCCUUCUGUGUCCGGUAGUGUUUCUGGUGAGGGAAGUUCAGUGACUCUGACCUGCAGCAGUGAUGCUAACCCAGCAGCUAACUACACCUGGUACAAGGAGAAUGAAGACUCACCAAAAGCAUCAGGACAGACCUUCACCAUCAGUGAUGAUGGACAUGAACAGAGCGGGAAUUAUCAGUGUAAAGUCCAAAACAGCAGAGGACAUCACAGCUCCACCCUCCACCUGGUUGUUGUGCAAAUCAGUCCAGAAGAUCCCGGAGUGUGGAAAACAGUAGCUGGAACAGUCAUUGCUAUUUUACUUGUUGUCCUGAUUAUCUCCAUCACGCUAUGGAAUUGGAAAAAAACAACCUCUCGACAGCAGACUGAGCCUACAGAGAGACCUGACGAAAGUGCACAGGUGGGGAAGACCAGUUCAAGUACAAAGUAGAAUUACCACC